UUCGCGGGCUGAGGGAAACCGGCCCCGUCCGGAGCCUGCACCUGCACCGGGAGCCAUGUGGUCAGCUGAUGAAAUCGCUGGGCUGUGCUACCUGCAUUAUAGGACGAGACUCCCCAGGCAGGGGAAGCCAGAUCCAAACAGGGAAUGGACUUCACUGGCAGCUGUUGUCAAAGUGGAGUCUGCAGCCCAAACUGAGGUUUUUGCUAGUCCAGGGAACCUCCAGGUAUCUAAGGAAGUUGUUGCUAUGGGAACUGGAACAAAAUGUAUUGGCCAAAACAAAAUGAGAAAAAAUGGAGACAUUUUGAAUGACAGUCAUGCUGAAGUUGUGGCCAAGAGGAGCUUCCAGAGGUACCUUCUCCAUCAGAUGUGGCUGGCAGCUUCCCAUCAGCAGUGUAGUAUCUUUAGUCCGGGAACUGAAACUGGAAAAUGGAAGCUUAAACCAAAUAUCAUAUUUGUUUUCUUCUCCAGUCAUACCCCAUGUGGAGAUGCUUCUAUUAUUCCAAUCAGCGAACCAGAGAACCAGCUUUCUAAGCCAGUGACUGCAGGUGAUGCAGCUGGACAAUCAGCAGAGUGUAGAAGUAACCGUGAUCAUUUGUGUCCAGAAGAUAAAAGGAAAGCAGAGAAUAUGGCAAGUAAUCAUGCAAUCAAGAGAAUGAAGACUGAAGAUGAUGGUUGUUUUUCCACAAUCAGCAAAGACCUGCCUGCUCAGCAAGAAUCUGUAAAACGAGAAGAUGACACAAAUCAAAAGUGCUGUGACUGUUCUGCAGAGAUGCAAACAGCUCAUAAGGAGACUGGCUUAGUGAGACCAAAGGUAGUAGAUGUUCAUAGAACUGGAGCCAAAUGUGUGCCUGGAGAGCUGGAUGAUGCCCGAACACCUGGGCUGGGGUACCACUGUGUGGGAUUAUUACGAGUGAAGCCAGGUCGUGGAGACAGAACAUGCUCUAUGUCCUGCAGUGAUAAACUGGCUCGCUGGAAUGUGUUAGGGUGUCAAGGAGCUCUUCUCAUGCAUUUCCUGCAGUAUCCAGUGUAUCUGUCGGCAAUUAUAGUGGGGAAGUGUCCAUAUAGCCAAGAAGCCAUGCGGAGAGCAAUUAUUGACAGGUGUAAGCACAUCUCAUCCUUACCAGAUGGUUUUCUGGCUCAGGAGGUUAAGCUGCUGCAGUCGGACCUUCGAUUCGAACACAGUCGUGAGGCAGUUCAGGAAGUUCAAUCUAACAGCAAAACAAAACUUGUUCCUUGUAGUGCAGCCAUCAGUUGGAGUGCAGUCCCUGAGGAACCUCUGGAUGUCACCUCAAAUGGCUUCCGCCAGGGAACAACAAAGAAGGGAAUUGGGAGCCAUCAGAGCAGAUCCAAGAUCUGUAAAGUGGAGCUCUUCCAUAAGUUCCAAAAGCUGGUGACAAGUAUUUCACAAGAGGAUCUACCAGACACUCUCCGGAUGAAGACUCUAAAAACCUACUGGGACUACAAGGAAGCUGCAUUAAAUUAUCAAGAAGCCUGGAAAGUGCUGCGUAGCCAAGCCCUGCUGGGUUGGGUCAAGAAUGCCAAAGAAUACUUGCACUUCAUAUGAGAAUCCAUGUGGCUAUGUAAAUCCAGCAAUAAGCUCUGGUCCACAGCAGAUACCUCUGCAGUUCAAGGUCCAGGAAAAGAUGUCCUCAGUUGAUGUGCUGUAAAGAAACAGGAGUGAAAAGGAAAGAAAUUUAUAGAGGUCUUUAUUUUCGUUGUGUUGAAGUGCCCUUUUUAUUUAAAUGCAGAAAACGAUCAUUGCUGACUUGAAGUACUGAGCUGCAUGAAACAAUAUGCCUCCAACAGAAAGGAAGCAGGGAUGUGCUGCCCUCUGUUAUAUGAGGAUAUGAUCAAUCUGCCAUAAUUGUUGCAGUGAAAGUAACGUCACCUGAAGUUGAAGCAGUGCUGUGGAAGAAAGGCCGUCACUGUAAAAUUUUAGCGCUGCUUUUUUCUUCCACUCCUCAUAAUGUUAUGGUUGUUUUUCUGUUGCUGGGACAACACUAAUGUAUAGUAAGUAAUAUUUUUAUAACUCUUGGCUCUCCUUGUCUGGUGCCUGGAAGAAUUUUCCAUGUCCCCCAGCCCCAUUGCUUCUAACUGGAAAUACUAGUUCAGUUAAAGCGUCAUUUUCUCUGGGAAUCAAUCAUAUAUAGUGCUAUUUACUAAAUAUAGCCACAGCUACAGCCACAGCAGAAGUAAAAGAGUGCUGGGGAGGAGUCUGUGUCAAAUAAUACCUCUUAUGAUAUCCCAUGCAUCUCUCUUAAUUUCAGGACUUUGACAGAUAACCCUCCAACUGCUUUGCUUCCAUAGGAAAGAAAGAAAUGUCCUGAAUUACAUGAUUAAAACCUGUCAAUCCUGUGGAACUACAGGCAAACAUUUACCUACUUUUCAGUGUUUCAAGCACUGUGCAUCCCCCUUGUCCCCCUGUGGGACACGGUUAAUUAAAAGCAGAAAUGCCUUAACCAUUUAUGUCACUGUUCCCUGGCAAGUGUUCAUUAAUAGCCUGGCAAAGGUGGAGAUGCUUUGGGGGACUGAAAGUAGUCUCUGGCAUGUGUCUUGCAGUCUCUUGUCAUCAUGCUUUAUUACCAACUAACAUCUGCACGGCAAAACUGUCAACACUGUGAGCAGUUGUGGGGGAAGCAGUGGAUGGAUAACCCUCCCUAAACUUUCUGUCCCAGUUAUUGCCUUCUAUGAGCAAGUUCAGGACUGUGUAACUGCUACUGAGCACACUCCCCCUUUGUAUUUUUUCUCUUGUAAACCACAAAUCAUAAAAUAUUUGGACAAGAAGUGGAUAAUUUAGAACACAGGAAUUCUUCAGUGAUUUGAAUUUUCUGCUCUUCGGUAUAUUACAGUUUUGGAUUUGAAAAAUGGGCACAGCAGUUCUCCAAACAGCCUUUGCUGUCAACCUACUGAGCUAGAUAUGGGACCAAACAGUAUACAUCACAUUACACUCUGAGAACUGAUUACAGCAAAUCCUUUUAUUUCAUGAUUACGCUGACUUGUCAGAUAAGUAUAGUUCUCUCUUACUUGUUGAAGAAAUAACAAAAAACUUGAAUUCUGUGUGUAUAAGCCUAUCCUCUCAAAUACAGCACUAACAUGCAGAAAGACCAGUUGUACUGGUGAGGGGGGAGUCAUUGUAUGUUUGUAGAGGGCAAGGGAUUAUGGAGAUUGGGUGACUUGCAUGAUUCAUCAGAGGAUAAAAAAGGGCCAGAUGCCAUUGCACAUGGGCCACAGGGUGAACUGCUGAAGACAAAUGGUAGCAGUUACUGUAGUUGAGCAAAUAGUGUUGCAAAGGCAGUCCUGUGGUGUACCUAAAGAACUGCCAGUAAAUUUCCAGGUUCCUGAAAUUUACGUAUGUCAUUUCCUGAAAUCUUGCACAAACUAUUAACUUACCAUACCUAGUCUCCCUUUGUUAAUCAACAAUGUCUUAGUGAGCCUGCUGACCAGACUGGAAUGUUCCCAUUUCCUAUUCAGCUGCAAUAUUAAAAUGGGUUGUGUAAGACUCGUUCUGUAGUCUUGGCACCAGACUGGUUUUCAGAUGAGCAGUUAUAUGAUUUAAAUUCUUAUAACUCUUUUCUAAAAUUUGAGCCUGGCUGUUAGGAUUGUUGCUGGUAAGAUUUUUCUGUGCAUUUGUAAGAUACUUGUGAACUGUAGGCUGCCAUUUUUCUGUUACUUGUCAGAUUUAAAAGCAGUUUUCGAGGUGCUGAAUACUGAUAUUAACCUCACGUUUUGAGUGGAGUCGAGGACAUAUUUAAGCUAGAGCAUGUCAGUGAAUACACAAAGAGAGGAAAGGAGCUAAAACAAAACAGCAUUUAAAAGAGGAUCUUAUACUCAACUGGAUGGCAUUUCUGUGAUGGAAAAUAAGUAUUUAAAUGCUGCAUCUGUUUAAUUCCAAAACGUCAAGAAAUGCUGUAAGCAGUCCUGUGAAACUGGUCUAAAAAUCAGAAGGGAAAGAUGCAGAGAUAGGAGAGGACACAGUCUCUGCUUUUGUAAGAGGUAGCAAACUAAACUUUGAUCAUUGCCAGUAGAUCUUUGGAAGAAUUGCUCCUGAAAAGUACCAGUUUAUGUGUUCCAAGCUUGUAUCACUCCUUUGUGCUAGGAUAGCUGACACCCUGAGAAACAGAGAUAGGCAGGGCACAGGGAGGACAGCAGAAUGCAGACUGUGCCACAGGGGAGCAGAGUUGGGG